GUACAGGUGGAAGAAAUAGCUCAAACUACAACAGUUACAGCCCCGCUCCUGUGCCGGGUAAGCCCACUACGGGCUCACCAUAGCCCGUGCUACUUGCAACUUUAUGUUCCUAGUAGCUGAAUCUAAAACAACAACACAAACUAUACAGACGGUACGCCAGGUCUCGUCACAAAGGAUAUAACGACCCGCCCUCAGCCGUGUCACAACUGUGGGCGGGGAAGCUAGAGGAAAUUGUGACGUCGGAGGCGACAACGAGAAUGGAGUGAAAAUGGAGAACGGUGGUGAUGACCGAGCCACUUAUGACACCUGUGAUUUUAAAACAAGGAAUAACAGAAAAUGGAUGGCAACCCGCCAUAACAAAUACCGCACUGAAACAUGAAAUGAGCAAAUCCAACUCAGGUUCAAGUUCAAAUGCAAGCAGCCGACCACGGGACAUUAAUAAUGAGGAGAUGAAGCGUCAUGUUGCAGAGCUUCAAAAAGCAUCAGUGAAUGGCUUAAGCGCUAAGCAGAUUGUGACUCUGGCUAAUAAUGUUGUUUUCACAAAUGGCUAUGAUGUUUUUAAGCGUAGAAAAUUACUUUACUCACUGCUGCCAGAGGGUCAUGACUUUCCGUACAGAAUCAUUCCACUGGCUAUCUCCUCGACAGCUGAAAUUCCUGUGAGCCCUGCAUGGCAGCAUGCUAUCCUGUCAUGGCUUGGGGCACUCCUGGAGUUUGGCAUCAUCACUCCCCACAACCCUUACGUCCACUUAUGUUACACUGCAGUUUUUAACUUGGUCUCCCACCUGAACCUGUGUGGCUUGGCUUGCAAGGUGCUGUAUUACAUAACCCUGCGUGAAGAUGUUAAUCGCCACCGCACACAGCUCUUAAUGAGCCUUAAAACAAAGCCUGGAUUUUUUGUGAAUGUCUCCCAACUGCUGAGAAUUUACCGCCUGUUCCGUCCAGAUCUAGUGGUUGGGGAGCUGGCUUACAAGAGGGUUGUCCCAAGCACCCCCCAGAAUAUCAGAGCUGCUCUCUCGGCGGCUAGACUCCGGCUGCAAGAAACUUCGGAGAGUGUUACUUUUCAAAACUCUAACAGCGUUUGGCCAGCGUUUAGCCAAGCAGCAAAAGUUAACCCUUAUCAACGAAACACGGCCAUCCCUCAACCCGACACUAACUACUAUACGACUACAGUAGAAGAGAAAAAGGAGAAAGUCAUAUUUGUCACCCAGUAUCGAAGAUUUUCAGAACUUUUAGGUGGAAUGGAGGACAGUCGCUUGUGGCAAUGGCCCAACAACCCAGCUUCACAUUCAAGCAGCCCCAUUAUUAUUCCACUCUUCCGACCCCAUGAACCACAUGUUUAUGUGGGCCUUUCAAACUGGCUGGAAUUUGCACUUAGAAUGGAGGUGAUAGAAGGUUUUGGUAACCCAAGUUUUGAGCGCCGGGAAAAGUUGCUGGACGUGGCCAUCUCUCUAGUAUGCAGUUGUGGACCUUCUGUUCCUGUUGUCAAUCUCUUUGUAACAGAGUUAAUGUUCAAGUGGGAUGGAAAAUCACACUUUGAUAAGGUGAUGGCACUAUUAGAAGGAGUAUCAUUCUUCUCCCCUGAGUUUCUCUCGGAAACACUCCUGAAGGUAGUUACCAGAAUAUCGUGCAUGGCUCCUUUGGUCACCUGGAUCAAGGUUGUGGAGGCUGUGACCAAUAUGGUGUGCUCCUGGGCACUGACGGCUUACGAGGAAACCUUCAGGACACAAGAUGAACAUUCGUGGCCUGGACACUUUGCACCUGAAGCUUCUGUUGUUGGCCUGUGGUUCCUCACACUUAGGAUGGAACGAAUUUUCCUCAAGGCUUUGAUAGAUUUCAAGUGCCAUCCAAUGGUUGUACACCAUAUUUUGGACUACUAUGUCAAGUUGAAUAUGUAUGUUGAUGUCCUAGAGCUUCCUAUGGUGUUCUUCCCUCCAGCCACCUUGACUUUUGCUGUGGUGACCAAGGGUGACCUUAUGACAACCCACCGUUUGGGACAGUUAUUAUCCAGAAUGUGGGCAGCGAUGCAGCGUUUGCGGGAUACAAAAGCUAGGUGGCCAGAGGAGGCGAUACGAAGGGAAUGCUUAGGCUUUGCAGAGUGUGUCAACCAGUCGGUUAUCUUCUUCUUUAAAGGUGUAUAUAAUGCUAAGGCUCUAACAACAAAAUGGGAAAAAGUAUUGAGUCCUUUUUAUCCAUUCCACUUCCUGGAGGACAUACUGGUAAAAGAAAAUAGCUGCAGCUUUGCUACAAUUACAGAUGCACUAGCCUAUCUUCCCUUCUCCACGAAGUACUUGGUGGAGAGUACAGGUGAUUGGAGUAAACAAGAAAGAGAAGAGGUGCGUGACAGAAUAAUUGAAGAGUUACAGGAAGCUGAACUAACAGGAAUUCAAGAGUGUGUGCAGGCCUUUAAGAAAAAUUGAUUUCCAUGUACACUCCCUAACACAUUUGACCUCAGUGAUGACCUUUCCUCUGUGUGGGUUCCUAUACAUUCAACAUAACUCUUUAUUCAUUUUUGAGACUUUUUGUAAAAAAAUUUCUAUUGCUUUUACAUUUGUCUUUUCUCAUCUUUAUAUUUUAACAAUUGUCAUUGUGAGAAUGCAGAAAGAACAGUUUCCUAAAGGAUGAGUAAGCAGGACUGAAAAACAUGGACUUCAGCUUGAACAGUUCUUCUGAACCCCUUGCAUAAAAUGCAUUUUCUGUUAUUUAUUAAUUAUACCAAGAUGAUAGGCAGAUAUCUUGUUAGAAAGCCCUAAUAUUGUGGUUGUAGUACACAUUAUUAGUUUUAAAAUUGUAAUACAUUUGCUAAUAUUCCAUUACAUGUAUUUACAUUUUUUAAAAUUUCAGUACCUGUAUAUAGUAAUAAUUUAGGUAAACUUUAGUUUUGCAUUUUGAUUAAUCACAUGUAAAUAUAUCUUUACUGAAAGAAGUAGCUUUAAAAGACAUAGGGAAUAAUCUCAAAGUUUGCCGAACUAUUGUAUGUAGACAAUUUUACACAAAGAUUUAUUUUAUUAAGUUGAACAUCACAGUUAAUGUUUUUUUUAUACUGGGAUUUAGGCCUUGGGCAAGUAUGAAAUUACCAAAAGAUGAUGCCAAGCAAAUGAUGUAUUAUUGUACUGUACUAUAUAGGAUUAUGCAAGAUUAAAAAGUUCCUAGAUAUAUCUGGAUGGUGUCCACAAGGUUAAUCAAAUUUCUUAAACUUAGUUAACCAAAAACCAAGAUUCACUUUUAUUAUCAGAAUCUAAUUUACCAUGGAUUCUGUUAAGGGUCUUGGGAAAGCAAGACUUGCAAUUAGGACAUUUAGCUGGAAGAAUUAAGUUUGUUCAUGGUACAAUUUAUUGGAAAGUAAAUACAUAAAAAUAUUUAUCCAAGAACCAAUUUAUUAAUACUGUACGAUUAAAUAGCGUUUAAUUUUUUUUUCUUAUUCCGUGUUAUGAAUAUCAGCCUAAAGUACUGUUGAGGUAUCGAACAAACAAGGCCAUUAGCUUGCUGGUGUCCUCAACAGGAUGCGUCUUUGUGUAGGAGAUGAACUGCCGUCGGGCUCGUGUUAUUUCUGCCAGUGUUACCUAAAAAUAAAAAAAAAAAGUCAAACAUACAUUAACUGCAAUAAAGGUUAAGUUUACAAUUUUAUAGAGGUAA